GUGGGGAGAUCUCCUUGGCCAGCUUGCGUAUCAAUUAUUACAAUUAGAUUAUUUGUAAAUAUGGCUUUUGGUUUUAAUCGAUUAGUGAGAAAGACUGAGCUUUGGGGUGGAACCUUAGUUCUACUAAUUUUAUUAAUACUGGUUUGUGGGGCCUGGUGAGAAAGACUAAGGUUGGAAACUUUAGUUGGAAUAAACACAGCUCAAGAAGUUAAUAAUAUAAAAUUAGCUUUUGCUCUUUUUAUUUGAUCUGAAAUUUUCUUUUUUAUUGGUUUAUUUUGAGCAUUCUUCCAUAGAGCUCUUGUACCGUCGGAUGAGUUGGGUUGUAUAUGGCCACCUAUUGUAGGUAUUAUACCAAUAGAUCCUUAUGCUUUACCUUUGUUGGGGGUUACAAUUCUUGUUAGUUCAGGUUAUAGAGCUAAUUGGGCCGUAAAAACGGUUAAGGCUGGGUUCAAUGACUGGCGGAGAAUAGGUGUUACUGUAGGUUUGGGAAUUUUAUUUAGGUGUCUUCAACUUUAUGAGUAUAAGAGAGCUGGUUUCACAAUACAGGAUGGUAUCUACGGUUCAUGUUUUUAUUUAAUUACCGGAUUCCAUGGACUUCAUGUGUUGGCUGGUACUAUGUUUAACAUUUAUUGUUUAAAAAUAAUGGUUUAUGGGUCCUAUAGGCCAUCUCAUAUAACAUCUAUUCAAAUAUCAGUUUGAUAUUGGCAUUUUGUUGAUAUUGUCUGGGUUGCAGCCUACUUAUUUAUUUAUAUUUGGGGUAAUUGGGGAAUAUAUGUUACUCCAUAUGCUGUUUGAAUAAAAAAGAUGGAAAUCUUUGAACAUAAGAAUUGACCAGGAAUUGUAGAUAUUCUUCGUUUCUUAUUUACGAUUUAUUAA